AUGUCCGCUUCGGUUCCGGCCCUGAGGGAUGGUGUUUAUACGCCAUACGCCAAAAGCCAACCAAGAGGUCCAUUUCUCCGACUCAGCGACCCGAUGUUCGUCAUCGAGAUCAUCACCAAUCCGAGCCUUACUGUCGUCGAUGAGGCUACUAUUUGGUUGCUCGAGAGGGGAAUCACAUUUGGUUCGUAUGAAAUUCAACGACAUGUUCAUGACAACAGCAUUGUGUUCGCCCCUCAAGUGCCUACGUUCCCUCGUGCUGUGGAUCAUUUGUAUACCCCUGACGACUACGACACCUAUACCGAGGUUCGCGAUGCGUAUCUCUGGGACCAUCCCUCGGUCCUUCACGCAGCCAUGCUGAGUGGCGGCAUCUUGUGGAGGAUAGUUCAUCACUUGCUCGACUACAGCGUGGCCUUGGAUGGACCAUCGGCCAACGCUGACAGAGAUGGCCAUAGGAUCAUGCUCACCCUAGCCGACCGCAAUGUGGAGUUGUGCGAUGAUCGACUACGGACCGCGGAGAUCGAGCUGAUCAUCAGUCAAACUAGUACUGGUCUUUCGUGGUGGCCCCACCCCAAUAUGUGGCGCAAUUUGGUCGUUGAUCGAGGCUGGUGGUCCGAAAACGCGGAGAACUUCUUCCAGCAUCAGCUUGAGCGAUAUAGCUCACCCCAGACAUGUCAGCCAUCGUUGAGGACUACCUGGAAGGCGAAGCAGCUCAAGCUCGAUCGGCGGGUCCAGCACCUCAUGGAUGGGGCCAAGAAACAUGUGGCAAUCGCCCUCGACCGUCUAAUCACCCGAUUGAGACGAGCAGCGCUCAUCGCCCUUCAAAUCUUCGCAUAUGUGGCAAGCGACGUCGGCCGGCGGAUCUCGACGACGGGGGCUGAAGACCCGCUCAUGGGGUACUGA